AUGGGGGUCGGGGGGUGCUUGGUUCUGCCCUGGCGGUGCCUGGUGGUCGUGUGUCUCAGGCUGCUCUUCCUUGUGCCCGCAGGAGUGCCGGUGCGCAGCGGAGAUGCCACCUUCCCCAAGGCCAUGGACAACGUGACGGUCAGGCAAGGAGAAAGCGCCACCCUCAGAUGCAUCGUGGAUAACAGAGUGACACGAGUAGCUUGGCUCAACCGAAGCAGCAUUCUUUAUGCGGGCAAUGACAAGUGGUGUUUGGACCCCCGAGUGGAGCUAGUUGCCAACACGAAAACCCAUUAUGCCAUCCGGAUAAAUGACGUGGAUGUAUACGACGAGGGGCCUUAUACUUGCUCGGUACAGACGGACAAUCACCCCAAAACUUCACGAGUCCAUCUCAUUGUGCAAGUACCUCCCAAGAUUGUUGAGAUCUCUUCGGACAUCUCCAUCAAUGAAGGUGGCAACAUAAGUCUCACCUGCAUAGCUACAGGAAGGCCAGAUCCAACAAUCAACUGGAGGCAUAUUUCACCUAAAGCUUCAGGAUUCAUGAGUGAAGAUGAAUACUUGGAGAUCACAAGCAUCACCCGGGAACAAUCGGGGGAGUACGAGUGCAGUGCCUCCAAUGAUGUUGCAACUCCUGUUGUGCGGAGAGUAAAAGUCACCGUAAACUACCCACCAUAUAUAUCAGACACUAAGAACACUGGUGUGCCUGUGGGUCAGAAGGGCAUCCUUCAAUGUGAGGCCUCUGCAGUUCCAUCAGCGAAAUUCCAGUGGUAUAAAGAUGACAAACGGCUCCUUGAAGGACAGAAAGGGCUGAAAGUGGAAAAUAAGGCCUUCUUCUCCCGUCUUACUUUCUUCAAUGUCUCUGAGCAAGACUAUGGAAAUUAUACUUGUGUUGCCUACAACCAACUAGGAAACACUAAUGCUAGCAUUAUUCUCUACGAAAUAAGUGAGCCCACAAGCUCAACCUUGUUCCAAGGCCCUGGAGCAGUGCAUGAUGGGAACAGUGGUGGGUCAAGAAGAGUUGGCUGUGUUUGGCUGCUUCCGCUGCUUCUUUUACACCUCCUGCUGAAGUUUUGACCUUUUUGAAGUUGGUGAUUCUAAGAGGAAGGGAGGGGGAAAUAAAAAGGAAGAAUACUUUUACAAAGUCAGAAAAUUAAUCCUAAUAGUCAAGAAUAUAUUAUC